UACGUAAACGUCAAUCCGAGUAAAUUUCACGGUCCACCAUUUCGAAAUUAAACAGAAUUGAACAAGUGUAAACGCAAUGGAGGCGAAAAUGUGCGAUAGUAAUCUAAUCCAUACAUAGAACGAGUAUAAAUUAAGCAGUCUUCCUAAACUUAUUUACGUUUCUUGUUCAGCAAUAAAAUCCAUAUAGCUAACAUAACCUCAAAAAUGUUUAUACUAUAACUUUGACCAGCACAAGGUUGUUAGAGUGUCGAGUAAGUCCUUUGCACAGGUAGUGAUAUCUCUAUUAUUUGCAUUCUGUUAAUAAAUGAGAUACUGAUACUACAGCAAACAUUGCAUCUUGCUUGAUAACAAACUAAAAGAGUUACUGGUAACUAUGAAACGUAAACCAAAGUUAACAUCAACCGAUGCAACUACUCCAAAGAAACAUCACUGGGCAACAGGGUUGCUCGUUUCUAUGGAAGAUCCUGAUCUAAAAGUGAAAGAGGAUGACAAAGUGGUUGUCAUCAAAGAUAAAUACCCGAAAGCCCAAUUCCAUUUCCUAGUCCUACCAAAAGUAAAUAUACCUUCGCUGUGGCAUGUUAAAAGGGAGAAUGAGGAUUUGUUGCUACACAUGGCAAAAGUAGCAGAUGAUCUAACCAAGGAACAUAAAGAGUCAGAAUUUUAUAUUGGAUAUCACGCUGUGCCGAGCAUGCAACGGUUACACUUACAUGUGAUCAGUACAGACUUCAACAGCCCCUGUUUGAAAACGAAGUAUCAUUGGAAUUCGUUCACGACUCCCUUCUUCUUACACUCUAUAGAUAUCUGUAACCAAUUGCACGUGAACGGCGAGCUGAAGAAGUUGAAGUCCGAGGACAGCGCCGUGUAUUUAAAUACUCCGCUGAAAUGCCACAAAUGUCCCGCCACCCCGAAAAAUAUGCCCGAUUUAAAAAAACACUUGUUAACGCAUUUGGCGCAACGAAGAAGCACCAGUGGCGCCGAUUAAUGCAACAAUGGUAAACGAUCGGCGUGUAUGGGGAAAAUUUUAACGAAAUAAUGAAUUGUUUGUUUAAAUAAUUAAAUGUGUUUCUGCAUUUUAUGGUUCCCUCGAUAAGGGAGGGAUUCAACUUGCCCUCUUUCCGGGUUUAACGCACUUCUGCAAAUCGAUACGUCAAAUUGUAUAGAACAUUAAAUAAUUUUAAAGAUAUAAUUCGUUAAAGUUAGAUACGUAUCUUAGGUUGUAUAAAAUCCAGUAAUUAUUCGAUCGUGACAGCUAUAGACAUGGACGUUUCUCUAGUUGCAAAAAGUACAAUCAUCGCGCCACUGCUAUUUCGUUAAAAUCCGUAUUUACCAGUAUGCAGCGUGAGUUAGUAAUUAUUUCUAUCUUUGCAAUCAUCAAAUAAUGUUUUACACAUUACGAUAGAGUCCUGUCAUGUAAAAGCGCGUUAAAGUAGAAGGGUGACGAGUGGAUACCUUCGCUCGCAAGUUAUUAGAUGAGCUUCUAACACUAGUACGCAUAUAUGUCUUAUCUUCGAGAAUAUAUUCGGUGUCAAGUAGUCUUUUAAAGCAUCGACCCAAUGACAUAGUUAACAAUACAUAUUAAAUAAUUUUGAAUUUGAAACUUCAAUAUAGUUUCAUUAUUGCGAAUCUCAACAAUUUUAAUAGUGGCUAGUCCAAUGCAUGAAUAUAAUUUGCACUUUAAAAACAAUUCUUCCUGCGCUACUGUAUUAUUUUUAUAUUGUAGAUACGAAUAUUUGUAUUAAAUGUUUAUCAUUAACAUCUGUGACAUGUAUAUUUACGUUAAUAAAAACUACAAAUUCAGACUAGUUUCAACGUUAUUACUUAUACCCGUCCGUUAGUAAGAG